AUGGAUGCAUACCGAAGAGACUCAACUACUCCAUCAAAUGCAUCAUUCUCCGGUGGAAAUGGAGUCUGUUUGAUGAGAAAUUCAUGGAAAGAGGAUCAACAUUCAUCCUUCAUUGAUUUUAUCUUCACUUUCCUCUCUGCAAAUUCCUUUCGCCUUAAUUUUGUGCCAAUUGCUCCGGAUUUUAUUUUUAAUUGUGGGAGUUUAUCUGUGGCCUUCAUUUUUGUGACAAACUGGGACUGUAACAAUGUGGCUCCAAUCUUCAACAGAGUUCAGCAACUGAAGGCUCAGUUUUCGCGUUUUUAUGUUGUUAUCACACUCCCAGGAAAUGAGGAAAUGGAUUCAUUUAUUGAGUCAUAUUUCAAAUUUGGGAUGGUGAUUGGCAAGCCUACAUUUAUACCAGUUAAAGACUUGGAGAUGGGGUUCGAAAAGAUGGUAAAAAUUGCCCAUUCUUCUGGAGUAUACAAGCAGGAGGGAAUUGAAGAAAAAUUUAAAGCUGAGAGGAAGAAGUGGGUGCAAGGAAUGAACUUUUAUCUUAAAGUUGUUACAUCAAUCCCAGGCAUUGACAAUCACGAUGCAAAUGCGCUGAGUCAAGCUAUUGGUUCUGUCCAAGCAAUUGCAAAGGCAUCAAAAGAGCAAAUUCUGGAGAACACAGAUCUUUCCACUGACAAGGCAGAGACGCUUUCAAGGUUUCUCAGGGAUCCAAAGUUUUACUUAAGUCCCAAGAUCAACUAA